UGGUGAUCAUCAAUCAUAUUAUCAACAAGGGCUCGAUAUAUAAAACGAACACCGGGGAUAGGCUAGUCGCAGUGGUGUCUGUAUCAUCGAGGAAGAAGCUGUGAUUUAGUCAAAUAAGAUCGUCACAAAUCAUUUCUUCGAAGGAAAUGAAAUUAUCGCUCUUAUAUACACAUCGCCGGGUGCCACCUUCCAUCGACCAGCCUACAGCAGAUACAAGUGACGUCUUUCGUGAACAAUGGAUAAUCCUCUAAAAAGACUGACAAUUCUUUCGAAAAGGCUUCAGUCAUUGGCUAUUUUAUUCUCAGUUCCAAACGUAAUAUUCAAUAAAUAGCAUCCCGCAUAUCUGAGUUCAGAGUGAGUCAUUUAAGUGGCUAUGGAAACAAAGUUGAAGUAAGAGACGAUGUCAGAUUCAUUUAACAUAACGUCUACUAAUCUACACUCGCAUUUACACUUUAUUUAAUGACAAGAAUAAUCAUAGAAUCCGUAAUGGAUAUCGGCCUAUGUAUGUAAUGAACAUUCUGUUCAAUGAGUGCGUCAUCUUUGACUGUAUUCGACAAGAGGCUAUGAAACUUUCUACGGAAUCAGAUUUUUAAUAAGUAAUAAAUGUAAUCCAGGAAUUGUGUACCUCUUUGUUUUAAGUAACACUGACUCAUAUGAUAAAACUUUUAUAUAGGUCACAUUUCACAUAAUUAUGAAAUGAAUUGUUCUUGUUAAAUUCAUAAAUAUCAAUCCCUGAAGUUUUCAAUUUUAUGAGACUGUAAUAUUUCAUUAUUUUUUUCCCAGCAUGUGAGGAACAUUAUUCGAAGAUAAAUUCCUGAACAUGGAUUGGCCUUAAUUAAAAUGCGUGUCCUGCUAAACCGGACGGUGGCAGGAGGCUGUGUCUGUUCAGGUCGUAGCCUGUUUGAAUAAAGCAAGGAUUUCCGUUUUUUUUUCUGAGUAUGUACAUAGACAGAUUACAAAAGUUAUGGAAGAACGGACAAAUGAACGAGUAGUUAGUUAAUUGCUGAAGCAAAUAACUGAUGGCAGUUUACCGCAGCGUCAGGCUGGACUGUCUGGAAGAGACUGACAGCAGACAGACAGAGAUUAAACAAGAUAUAAAUUUGUGACAUCAGAACGUCAAGAGGCACUAAGUUAAUGACACGCUAAGUACCUCCGACUCCAGUAUCCACGUUUCUCGAACUGUAGAAACAUUUGUUUCGUACCAGCAUGAAUGUAUAAGUACUUCAGUUAAGUACAAAACCCCUUCAUUCAAAAUAUAGACCACGAUUAUGUGAUUAUGAAGUUUCCAGUUAAUUAGUUUUCAACAGGUGUGGGGUAAGAGAUUUUACAGCACGUUAUGAUAAAUGGGAGAACAGGUCUACCAACUAAUGUAAUCAAACAGAAUGCUGGGAAAAGAAAACAAUAAUAUCUACCUCUAUGGGUGCUGAUGCGUGUGAACAAUCUGUAAGCUCUUUCACAUAAUAUUUCACUCACAUGCCGGAAUAUUACGCAGUUAGGCAGCAGAAUAAAUUUUUAUUGAGAUGUUGCACAUGAUUACGUUUUCGCAAAACAGAAUUAUCCCAAAUGAACGGAGUUUUAAAUCUUCAAGAGAUUUUGGUGGUUGUGUUACGUUGCUUAAUAUUGAGGUCGAACAUUCUCCAGUGUGAACAUUGAAUACUCUCACAAUGACGUGCGUUAGAAUACCUUGGUGCAACUCUGCCAUGCACAGUUAGUGGGAGUAGGUGAUGGAGGGUGAAGGUGGUAGGACUUCUGUCUCCGAGGAAGUCGUCGAUGUCAGUAGAAGAGCCUCCAGUAGCGAUGUCGAGCAAUACCUUGAGUCUCACCCUCAAGUUAUACAGAAGUGGCUGUUGGAGAAGGCGGAGCCUGACUUCUUGCAACGCCUGCUGCUGUGUCGAUGCAGCCGCAGUGUCACCUGCGCAACUCACGAAGGAUCGCGGAGUUCCUCAACAGCGAGUCUUCAGCACGAUGAUGGACACGGUACCGGCAACAGCGGAGGUAUCAUCCCCAGGAGCAAGCGCAAUUCCGUCACGUCGGAGCUUUUCCAAAAUUGGCUGGCUUCCUCGCCCAUCAAGAGGGCGAAGUCGCCCAGUAGGCCAGUGGCUAGCAGUCUGCGACGGAAACAGCUGGACUUGAUGGAUGAGAGUGAACUGUUUAUGGAGUUGAUCAGGGAUGUGGCCAACGAAUUAGACAUAGAUGUCCUCUGUCACAAGAUCCUUGUGAACGUGGGGCUUCUGACACACGCAGACCGAGGCAGUCUGUUCCUAGCCAGAGGACCUCGAGAUGGUCGCUACCUCGUGGCCAAACUAUUCGACGUCACAGUGGAUACAGAGCUGGAAGAUGCAGUAAGGAAAGCUCGUACCGAAGAAAUUCGCUUACCAUUUGGCGUAGGAAUUGCUGGCGUCGUGGCGCAGAGCAAAGAAAUUAUUAACAUCAAAGACGCAUACCAGGAUCCCAGGUUCAACAGCGAGAUAGACCUGCGCACUGGCUACAAAACUAACCUGAUAUUGUCAAUGCCAAUAUGCAACUACGAGGGUGAGGUGAUCGGUGUGGCUCAAAUUAUCAACAAGACAAACGGCACCCAAGAGUUCUCUACACAUGAUGUUGAGGUAUUUCAGCGGUAUCUGACGUUCUGUGGAAUCGGCAUACAGAAUGCUCAACUAUUUGAAAUGUCUGUACUUGAAUUUCGGAGGAAUCAGAUCCUGCUUAAUCUGGCACGCAGCAUCUUCGAGGAGCAGAACAACCUGGAGUGCCUGGUGACGAAGAUCAUGACGGAGGCCCGUGACCUCCUGAAAUGCGAGCGAUGUGCCGUAUUCCUCCUGGACACAGAAUGCUGCGAGGCUAGCCACCUGGAAAAAAUUCUGGAGCGACCUAACCGCAUUGUACAGGAAAGAAAACCGUUAUGCCGAAGAGAAAGUAACAACGUUAAUAUCGAAGACAUCUUCCAGCCGAGGCUUAACAUCCAUUUCACAACGGUUUUCGAGUUACGAGCUGCUGCAGAAGAGGCCUUGGUUUUCCGACCGGACCAGGGGGAACUCGGCAAGUCCCGUUUGGCGCAAAUCGCUCGCUACGUUGCAGCCACGGGCCAGAUUCUCAACAUCGGCGACGUGACCACGUGGAUGAACCAUGAAAUGCGCGAGGAUGAAGACGGUUUCGUGACCAAGAGUAUCCUCUGCAUGCCCAUAGUCAAUGGGCAGAGGACUGUGAUUGGAGUAGCGCAACUUAUCAAUAAGGGCAGCGGGCAUCCAUUUUCAGACUGUGAUGUAUCUAUUUUCGAAGCCUUCGCUAUAUUCUGCGGCCUGGGUAUCCAUAACACCCAAAUGUACGAAAAUGCUUGCAAACUGAUGGCCAAACAGAAGGUAGCUCUGGAGUGUCUGUCCUACCAUGCAACGGCUUCCUCAGAAGAUACGUCCAAGCUAAGCCAGGAUAUCAUCCCAUCUGCCGAGACGUACAACCUCUACAGCUUUAAGUUCAUCGACUUUGACUUAACCGACGAAGACACGUGUCGUGCUACUGUGCGUAUGUUUCUGCAAUGCAACCUCGUCAAGCAGUUCCACAUUCCAUACGAUGUGUUGUGCCGUUGGGUUCUGAGCGUCAAGAAGAACUAUCGACCCGUCAAGUACCACAACUGGAGACACGCUCUCAAUGUCGCUCAAACUAUGUUUGCCAUGCUCAAAACCGGCAAGAUGGAACGCUUCAUGACCGACCUAGAGAUUCUUGGUCUGCUUGUGGCAUGCCUAUGUCACGAUUUGGACCAUCGUGGCACCAACAACGCCUUUCAAACCAAAACUGAGUCACCGCUUGCCAUAUUAUACUCCACCAGUACCAUGGAACAUCAUCACUUUGAUCAGUGUGUCAUGAUCCUCAACAGUGAGGGAAACAACAUAUUCCAGUCUCUGUCAACAGAGGACUACAGGAAUGUGAUGAAAACGGUGGAAAAUGCCAUCAUCUCGACGGACUUGGCCAUGUAUUUCAAGAAAAAAGACAGUUUUAUGAAACUGGUGGACGAAGGAGAAUUUGAUUGGCAGAGCGAGGGAAAGAAAGAAUUGUUGUGCGGAAUGAUAAUGACAGCAUGCGAUGUGAGCGCCAUAGCCAAACCCUGGGAGGUGCAACAUAAGGUGGCCAAGCUUGUAGCUGAUGAAUUCUUUGACCAAGGAGACUUGGAGAAGUUGCAAUUGAACCAACAACCAGUGGCUAUGAUGGAUCGAGAACGGAAGGAUGAACUACCACAAAUGCAAGUUGGGUUUAUAGACGUCAUCUGUCUUCCUUUAUACAAGGUGCUUUCAGAUACAUUUCCGUGGAUUCAGCCAUUAUAUGAUGGCUGCCUGGAAAACCGACGGAACUGGCAAGAUUUGGCAGAAAAGGUUGAAAUGGGCCUUACAUGGAUUGACCAUGACACCAUUGAUAAGCCAGUUGAGGAAUUUUCAGCCAGCUCAGAACAACCCAAAGACAUUGAGUUCACAGUGACAACACUCAAUUGCACACACAGUACGGAGAAACGGACCGGGACAGAGCCUCAGAGUAGUCACCAGUCUCGGAAAGCUAAUGGAAGUGCGGGAAGUGUUGGAAGUACUGCCUUAGGAAGGUUCACAAGUCUGCGUAGGGGAAAGACAAUAGGAAAGGCAGUGAGAGAGCGCUUAAGUAGCUCCUUGUAUAGCAGUAGUAGUAGUGGCCGCAGUCAACAACAGGAAGCUGAGACUGUUCUUGUGCCAAGCAUCCCACAGCUCAAGAGGAACAACAACAAACCAGUGACACAGUUACGCAAAGGGAAACAGAACAAAGCUAGAAGAACCCAGGAGUUAUUACAAGCAACAAAGACCGUACAAACAAGUGCGAGUGCUUCGUGAAAUCCAAGGGCAAGACAUCAGUAGCAACUUGAGACCACUGCACUUGAACACAAACAGUGAAUACCAUAAACAAUAGAAAUUCACCUUAUGUGUUGCUGAGAAGUGUUAAUAUGGUAUGAUACCUCUGGAAUUGUGUCACAAUUAUUGUGAGUAGCAUUGGAAAGUUUACAGAAUCUAUAGCUCUUACAUAUAUUUUACUCAUCUUUCAGGCAGAUAUCCAAAAGGCAGCUGGAAAAAUAAGUUAAACAGAAAUUAUAAUAAUAUUUCUGAAAUUCUGUGUACACAUGUUCCAGGGUUGAGAACAUGGGGAAUAUAAAAAUUAAGAACAUUUGUUUAGUAUUAUAAACUACUACCAAACAAAAUGUGUCUUCUUAGAUGUGAUGCCAUGCAGUGAGUUAGGUGGGCAUCUACAUUUUUGAGGAACCUCUUGCCUCCAUCUUCAGGACAGGAGGAAAGCUGUAUUGAGAGAAGUGAUACAGGGGAGGCAGGACCAGUACUGGGGCUAAAUGCAAAACGGCAGGAGUGUGUAAAGUGAAUGGGAACCUGUGGCCUCUAAAAGGGCCGAGUUCAUGGAUAGGAGAAAUGUAAAGAAGAUGAAGAAAGUAAAGAGACAGUGUAUAAAAUAAAAUAAUCUAAUAAACAGCAGCAUUAUAAAA